GACGCAGCAGCAGUAAUGGCAGCGUUUUCUGAAAUGGGCGUUAUGCCUGAAAUUGCGCAGGCCGUGGAGGAGAUGGACUGGCUGUUACCAACAGACAUCCAGGCAGAGUCUAUCCCUCUUAUUCUUGGUGGAGGAGAUGUGCUCAUGGCAGCAGAAACUGGCAGUGGCAAAACAGGAGCCUUCAGUAUUCCAGUCAUCCAGAUUGUGUAUGAGACCCUGAAGGACCAGCAGGAGGGCAAGAAGGGAAGAGCCUCCGUCAAGACUGGUGGAGCUAUUUUCAACAACUGGCAGAUGAAUCCUUAUGAUCGCAGCACAGCCUUUGCAAUUGGUCCAGAUGGCCUGUGCUGCCAGAGCAGAGAGUUUAAAGAGUGGCAUGGCUGUCGAUCUACAAAAGGUGUCACCAAAGGAAAGUACUGCUAUGAGGUUACCUGCCAUGACCAGGGACUGUGUCGCAUUGGCUGGUCCACCAGUCAGGCAGCGCUGGACUUGGGAACUGAUAAGUAUGGAUUCGGUUUUGGUGGGACUGGAAAAAAAUCCAACAACAAGCAGUUUGACAGCUAUGGAGAGGAGUUCACUAUGCAUGACACCAUUGGAUGCUACCUGGAUCUAGACAAGGACCAGAUGUCCUUCUCUAAAAAUGGUAAUGACCUGGGUGUGGCGUUUGACAUCCCUCAACAUGUGAAGAAUCAACCUUUCUUUGCUUCCUGUGUGCUUAAGAAUGCAGAGCUGAAGUUUAACUUUGGAGGAGAAGCGUUUAAACAUCCCCCAAAGGCUGGAUUUGUUGCUCUGGAUCAGGCACCCGAGGGACACGCAGUUAAAUCUUCUCAGACAGGCAGCGCCAAAGUGACUCAGGUGAAAGCAGCAUCCAACGCACCCAAAGCUCUGAUCAUCGAGCCAUCCAAAGAACUGGCUGAGCAAACCCUCAACGUUGUCAAGCAGUUCAGGAAAUUUGUUGAUAACCCCAAACUGAGGGACCUACUGGUGAUUGGUGGUGUGGCUGCCAAAGAUCAGUUGGCUGCUCUGGAGCAGGGGAUUGACAUUGUUGUGGGAACACCCGGCAGACUGGACGAUCUCAUCUCCACUGGGAAGCUAAGCCUGUCCCAAAUCCGCUUUCUAGUCCUGGAUGAGUGUGUAAGUACAACACAUGAAGAGCACUAUAAUAAACGAUAAGUGUCUCUGAAGUCACUAACCAAACAACAUCUUCUCUUCCAGGUGAUUGUUUGUUCUGCCACGCUGCAUUCAUUUGAUGUGAAGAAGCUGUCCGAGCGAAUCAUGCACUUUCCCACUUGGGUGGACCUGAAGGGGGAGGACUCUGUCCCUGAAACAGUCCACCAUGUGGUAGUGCCUGUUAAUCCAAAAAGCGACCGCCUCUGGGAGCGUUUGGGCAAGAACCACAUCCGGACUGAUGAAGUCCAUGCCAAAGAUAACACCAGACCUGGAGCCAAUUCUUCUGAGAUGUGGUCAGAAGCCAUCAAGCUGCUGAAGGGCGAGUACAUAGUGAGGGCCAUCAAAGAGCACAAGAUGGACCAGGCCAUCGUCUUCUGUCGCACCAAGAUCGACUGUGACAACAUGGAACAGUACUUCAUUCAGCAAGGAGGAGGUCCAGACAGUAAAGACCACCAGUUGUCCUGUGUUUGUCUCCAUGGUGAUCGCAAGCCAAAUGAGCGGAAGACUAACCUGGAGCGUUUCAAGAGGAAAGAAGUGAGGCUCCUGAUCUGCACAGAUGUAGCUGCCAGAGGAAUUGAUAUCCACGGAGUUCCUUAUGUCAUCAACGUCACACUGCCUGAUGAGAAGCAAAACUACGUCCAUCGCAUCGGAAGAGUUGGCAGAGCAGAGAGAAUGGGACUGGCCAUCUCCCUGGUUGCUAUGGAGAAGGAGAAGGUUUGGUACCAUGUUUGCCCAAACAGAGGCAGGGGCUGCUACAACACCCGACUGAAGGAGGAAGGCGGUUGCACCAUCUGGUACAACGAAAAAGAGCUCUUAUCAGAUAUUGAGGAGCACCUCAAGUGCACCAUCACCCAGUGUGAACCCGACAUCAAAGUACCUGUGGAUGAUUUCGACGGAAAGGUCUCUUAUGGUCAGCGCAAAGCAUUGGGAGGUGGUAACUACAAGGGGCAUGUGGAUGUUCUGGCCCCAACAGUCAAGGAGCUGGCGAGCCUCGAGAGAGAAGCCCAGAGUUCCUUCCUCCACCUGGGUUACAUGCCAAACCAGCUUUUCAGAGCCUUCUAAAAAAAUUUAAAAAACCUAACACCACUGUAGGCUGCUGAGACAGAAUACAAAAAAACUGAAUUUUCAAACCUUCUGCUUAGAUUUAAACAAAGAAAAUAAGUCAAAGAACUUACAUGAGAUGAGGAAUUAAAGAUGGCAAAAUUACAAUAUUUCACUUGGUAUAAAAACUCAGAAGCAGUUGGUAUCCAGAAGACAAUCACACUACCAAUUUCUUUGUUGUCCUGUUAUUUCUUUUCAGAAUUAAAUUUUGGUGCAUAAUUUGUACUUUUGGUGAAGAAAGCUUGUAAGCAGUCAGUAACUUAUCUUGUUAAGACUGUUUCCCUUAUUGUAAGGACUUCCUCUUGAAUUCUUUAACUUCAGAGCAUGAAUUAAUAUUGGCAGGUAAAUCAUUGACAUGUCAUGCGAAGCCUAAUUUGUUUUGUUUUCUUAUUAAUACGAUUGAAAUGAAUAUUUAAGUUAACCUAUGGAGAUAUUGGCUGAAAUGUCGUUGUAUAUAAGUGGGCUGAUGUUUUUUUUCUGAAAUAAAUUUUAGUUCUUCA